AUGAAUGUUGGAUCUAUUUUAAAUGACGACCCACCAUCAAGUGGGAAUGCGAAUGGGAAUGAUGAUAAUACCAAGAUUAUUAAAUCCCCUACUGCAUACCAUAAACCUUCUGUUCAUGAACGUCAUUCAAUAACGAGCAUGUUGAAUGACACUCCGUCAGAUUCAACUCCAACUAAAAAACCAGAACCGACUAUAAGUCCAGAGUUUAGAAAACCCAGCAUAAGUCUGUUAACUUCUCCAAGUGUUGCACAUAAACCUCCGCCACUACCACCGUCACUGAGUCUGGUUGGAAGUAGUGAGCAUUCGAGUGCAAGAUCGUCCCCGGCUAUCACGAAGAGAAACUCGAUUGCAAACAUUAUCGAUGCUUAUGAAGAACCAGCUACUAAAACUGAAAAAAAGGCUGAGCUAAACUCACCAAAGAUAAACCAACUGACACCGGUGCCAAAGCUUGAGGAACACGAGAAUGAUACAAACAAAGUAGAAAAGGUUGUGGAUAGUGCACCUGAACCAAAACCAAAAAAGGAGCCUCAACCAGUUUUUGACGACCAAGACGAUGACUUGACAAAAAUCAAAAAGCUCAAGCAAUCUAAGAAACCACGUCGGUAUGAAACACCUCCAAUUUGGGCCCAGAGGUGGGUUCCCCCAAAUAGACAGAAGGAGGAAACUAAUGUUGAUGACGGGAAUGAAGCCAUAACUAGACUUUCUGAAAAACCGGUAUUUGAUUAUACCACUACCAGAAGUGUUGAUUUGGAGUGUAGUAUUACUGGUAUGAUACCCCCAAGUUCAAUCACGAGAAAAAUAGCUGAAUGGGUGUAUGCCAAUUUUUCCAAUGUUGAAGAAAAAAGUAAAAGGAAUGUUGAAUUGGAGUUGAAAUUUGGGAAAAUUAUUGACAAAAGAAGUGGUAAUAGAAUUGACUUGAAUGUGGUGACAGAAUGUAUUUUCACUGAUCAUUCUAGUGUGUUUUUUGACAUGCAAGUGGAAGAGGUGGCCUGGAAAGAAAUAACAAAAUUCUUGGAUGAAUUGGAAAAAAGUUUCCAAGAAGGGAAAAAGGGAAGAAAAUUUAAAACUCUUGAAUCUGAUAAUACUGACAGUUUCUAUCAAUUGGGGAGAAAAGGUGAGCACCCUAAGCGGAUUCGUGUAACCAAAGACAACUUACUAUCGCCACCGAGAUUGGUUGCCAUACAGAAGGAACGUGUGGCAGAUUUAUAUAUUCACAAUCCGGGCUCCUUAUUUGAUUUGAGGUUAUCUAUGUCAUUGGAAAUACCAGUGCCACAGGGGAACAUUGAGUCGAUUAUUACCAAGAAUAAGCCAGAGAUGGUCAGGGAGAAGAAGAGAAUUUCUUAUACACAUCCACCUACCAUUACCAAAUUUGACUUGACUAGGGUCAUUGGUAAUAAAACAGAAGAUAAAUAUGAGGUAGAGUUGGAGGCGGGUGUUAUGGAAAUAUUUGCUGCUAUUGAUAAAAUCCAGAAAGGGGUAGAUAAUCUUAGAUUGGAGGAAUUAAUUGAAGUUUUUUUGAACAAUGCAAGAACUCUCAAUAAUAGAUUGAACAAGAUUUGCUAG